GGCCCGGAGGUCCGGCGCGGGAGUUGCUGGGGACCUCGUCUCCUGCCUCUUCCUGAGCGGAGCGUCGUGGCCUUCGGGGGUGCGGCCGGCCCGCGACGGGGCGAGGAGGGCCUUCUCCGGGUUCCCCUUCGCCGCCCCGCGCGGCCGGGGAGGGUUCGUCCGUUCACCCCGGGGCUUCUCAGCCUCUCUUCGCUCCUCCGGUUGCAAGGAUGCCUGUUCAGAAACUUCAGCCAGAAGGUAGCAUUCAAGAACAGAAUGAUAAUGAUGGCAGUAGUAAUUCAAGUAAUAAUGGAGCAAAGGAAGCGAAGCAAGGGAAUGAUUUGCUUCCCUGUGAAUAUCAUACGGAGGAUCAUUGGAAGGCGCAAGCCUUGGAGAAGAAAGUCUCUGCAUCAUCAACAGAUACUUCGUUUGGAACAUUGCGAAAGGGGUCCAUGCUGCUAAUUGACCGGCAGCAGAUUCAGUCAGUGGCACCUAGUGAUCAAGCGCUUGAGCUCAGAGGACUGGGAAUCGAUGUCUAUGACCAAGAUGUCUUAGAACAUGGAGUCCUUCAGCAGAUAGACAAGGCAAUAAAUGAAGCAGCUAAAGUGGGUCAAAUUGAUGGAGCUGAAGCAGAGCACCAGACUGAAUUGGAAGCCGUGGGACCAUGUACAUCAUCUCUGAAACCAUAUGCUACAAUUCUUGAACAAUUUACUCCUCAGACUACUACUAAUAAGGAUGUUAGUGGAAAACUGGAUUCUGCGAAAGAAAACUACAACAAGGAGCAACAGUUUAAAAAAAUGAAAACAAAACAAAAGCACCUUCAAAGUAUUGGUGAAGAAAAUCCUGAUGAUGGAACAGUUGGUGCUGCAGUUGAAGAAUAUGAAGCUAAGGAAUCAAAUGAUGAGUUUGGAGGCCAUUUUGAUCCUGAUCCUUCAUCUCUUGGAAGUAUGCUUAUGUCCGCGCAGGGAGAAACUGAAUGGGAGACACUUAUCCGAACUGGUCAGAUGACUCCUUUUGGAACGAAACUACUUAAGAAACAAGAGAGGAAACCCCGUAGGAUAAUGCUAAAUGAAACAUCAGGUUUUGAGAAGCAUUUGGCGGAUCAAGCAAAGCUCUUGUCUGAGAGAAAGAAACCAUCAUUUCAUAAGGGGGGCAAGCAUAAAGUGCCCUCAGAGAGUAAUCAAACCAAAUCUCUAGUUUGUUUCAUAAAAGGCAAGGGAAACAAGAACAAAGGCCCAUCAAAAAGUGAUAGUUGUCUGCAGAAGCCUGCUCUUCAUGUUCAGGCAAAAGCCAGACUUCAUCAGGCCAAGGAGUUGGAGAAAAGGGGACAACAGGAUGAUUGGGAGGAUUCUGGAUGCAUGUCUUACGAAGACCUUAACAUUUCAGACGAGGAAGAAUUUUUUCAAGAGGAGGAUAAUGUGAAACCUAUGUCAUGGGAAAAGGAACACUUGCUAAAGCAAGAGUGUCAAGAAGACAGCAUGGACAAUGAUUUCUUCCCAAGCUCUUCUGAGGAAGAAGAAGAGGAGGACAUUAUUGGGAAGCGGAGAAUAAAGCGAUACAGAGAUGAUGGCAACGAAGAUUACUAUAAGCAAAGGUUGAGGAGGUGGCACAGACAGCAACUAAAAGACCAAAAAGGGCGACUGAGGGCAGGGGAAGAGUCUGAUGAAAGUGAUGCUGAAUUUCUUGAGGGUUUUAAAGUUCCGGGUUAUCUCUUCAAGAAACUUUACAAGUACCAGCAGACAGGUGUUAGGUGGCUCUGGGAAUUGCACUGCCAGCAGGUAGGAGGAAUUCUGGGAGAUGAGAUGGGAUUGGGCAAGACCAUCCAGAUAAUUGUGUUCUUGGCAGGCCUGAGCUACAGCAAGAUCAGGACUCGUGGUACAAAUUACAGGUUCAGAGGACUGGGUCCAACAGUGAUUGUGUGUCCAACAACUGUAAUGCAUCAGUGGGUGAAAGAGUUCCAUAUGUGGUGGCCGCCAUUUCGAGUUGCAAUUUUACAUGAGACAGGUUCUUACUUGAACAAAAAGGUGAAACUAAUUCGUGAAAUUGUGGCAUGCAAUGGAAUCUUGAUAACUUCCUAUUCUUAUAUUCGCUUGUUACAAGACAACCUCCACAAGUAUAACUGGCAUUAUGUGAUUCUAGAUGAGGGACAUAAAAUUCGGAAUCCCAAUGCUGCAGUUACACUUGCUUGCAAACAGUUCUCCACCCCUCAUCGAAUAAUAUUGUCUGGAUCACCUCUGCAGAACAAUCUCAAGGAGCUCUGGUCCCUCUUCGAUUUUGUAUUUCCAGGAAAAUUGGGAACACUGCCUGUCUUCAUGGAGCAGUUUUCUGUUCCUAUAACCAUGGGAGGAUAUUCCAAUGCCUCUCCAGUUCAGGUGAAAACUGCAUACAAGUGUGCAUGUAUUUUACGGGAUACGAUUAACCCCUACCUGCUGCGCAGAAUGAAGGCAGAUGUUCAGAUGAGCCUCUCAUUACCAGAUAAGAAUGAGCAGGUAUUAUUUUGUCGCUUGACAGAUGAACAGCAGCAACUUUACAAAAAAUUUAUUGAUUCCAAAGAAGUCUAUCAGAUUCUCAAUAGAGAAAUACAGAUUUUCCCAGGACUUAUAGCCCUAAGAAAAAUUUGCAACCAUCCAGACAUCUUUUCUGGUGGACCUAAGAUUUUGAAGGGCAUGCCUGAUGAAGACUUAAAAGAAGAAGAUCAGUUUGGAUUCUGGAAACAUUCUGGGAAAAUGAUAGUUGUAGAGUCUCUGCUGAAAAUAUGGCAUAAGCAGGGCCACAGAGUGCUGCUGUUUACUCAGUCAAGGCAGAUGCUGCGCAUCCUUGAGAUGUUUUUGAAGCAAAGAAACUAUUCCUAUCUCAAAAUGGAUGGCACCACAGCAGUUGCCUCAAGACAGCCUCUUAUUAUGACAUUCAAUGAGGAUGCGUCCAUAUUUGUCUUUCUUCUUACUACUCGAGUUGGUGGGCUUGGUAUUAACUUGACAGGUGCAGACAGAGUGAUCAUCUAUGACCCUGACUGGAACCCCAGCACAGACACUCAGGCUCGAGAACGUGCAUGGAGGAUCGGCCAGACAAGAGACGUGACUGUAUACCGACUUCUUACUGCAGGUACUAUUGAAGAAAAGAUUUACCACAGGCAAAUAUUCAAACAGUUUCUAACAAACAGAAUCUUGAAAGACCCAAAGCAAAGACGUUUUUUCAAAUCCAAUCAUCUCUAUGAACUCUUCACACUGAGCAGCCCAGAUGGAGCCCAGGGGACAGAAACCAGCGCCAUAUUUGCAGGAACCGGUUCUGAUGUUCCAACACCAAAGCGGCUUUUGAAGCGUAACCGUGCAAAUGUUUCUGAAUUUUCUAAAAGGUGUCGUGCAAAGCAGUCAGAUUCCUUCUCAGCAAGAAAACACGUAAAUGCAUCAGUUACAGCAGUAGAAUCAGUUGAAACGGUCAAGGGAAACAACUCAGAAAUAUCCCCUUGUCCUCUUCUGAAAGAUCCUGACAAAAUUCCUGCUGCUAAUACAGAUGGGAUCAUGAGGACAGAAGGGAAACCUUCAGGCUUGGCUGAGGAGCCACUGUCCAGGGCACAGCCGGGGGAAGGAGGAGCACUGAAGGACAGGGCGUGUGCUGUCCCAGCUGAUGAGAGCAGCAUAAACAAGGAGAGACAAUAUAGCAGGGAGCAGGAGGUUGAGAAUAGGUCAGUUACUGAUCACAGAAAGCAGACUUCAGAAACGGAGCAUCGCAAGGGCAAACUGAAGAGGCCCAAACGUUCUAAAGACGCCAGAUUCGAAGGUGUGCCAAUUCCUCACCUGGUGAAGCAGAGAAAGUACCAGAAGGAAAAUAGUGAGGAAAUGCAAGAUCCAAAGAAAAGUGAUGAUUACGUUUUGGAGAAGCUUUUCAAAAAAUCAGGAAUACACAGUGUAAUGAAGCACGAUGCCAUUAUGGAAGCUUCUAAUCCAGAUUAUGUGCUGGUGGAAGCAGAAGCUAAUCGUGUUGCUCAAGAUGCCCUCCGAGCCCUCAAGAUUUCUCGACAGCGAUACCGGGGAGCUGCUUCCACUUGGACUGGUACCACCCCAACAAGAUUAAAAAGCAGAUUUGGCCAGAAGAGGAACCCAAAUUUCAUGAUACCAUCUUCCUCCUAUCAAGCUCCAGGAAAAAAGUGCAAGUUGAAACAUGAGCAACUCAUAGUGAAUGACACUGAGAAAGGGAGAGAGGAAAAUAUAAGUAAACCUCCUCACUUCGAUGGACAAGCAGGAGCAGGAAAGUCCUCUUCAAGUGUGUUGGACUCAUCUUCAUUGCUGGCUAAAAUGAGAGAAAGAAAUCACCUGACUGGAUCCCAGGGGAGAGAUGAUCAAACUGAGGGGAGUUUCCAGCACACCAUCUCUGUACCCCCCACAGCAACAGAACAUGAUGAAUUGCUGUUGGAUAUCCAGAACUUCAUAGCUUUCCAGGCCCAUGUGCCUGGUCAAGCUGGCACUCAGGAGAUACUGCGGGAAUUUGAAUCAAAGCUGACCAUGGAACAGUCUUGUGUCUUCCGGGAGCUCCUAAGAAAUCUCUGCAUUUUUCAUAGGCAGUCAAAUGGAGAAGGGCUUUGGAAACUAAAACCAGAAUUUACCUGACCAUUCUCUGGAAAUGAUUGCCCCAUCCAACACACCUGUGGCUUUUUACCUCCUUUUAAAAUGAUACAUCACAGAAUUGCACUCUUGUGUCCCGUUCUACAUAGUGCCACCAACAUUAUAAAACAAGAAUAGAAACCAACUGAACAUUUUCCUUAUUUAAAAAAAAAAUUAAAUUGGAUCUUAAAAUGGAUUUCUAGUAAGUUUUCUGGUAAAUCAUGCUGUAAAAAUCAGAAAGAACAAGCUGUUUAUCUGAAUCGAUACCUUAAAUAGCAA